AUGGGAGAUGAUAAUCCAAGGAUUAUGCACGGUGUGAUCAUUACCGUUUACGUUGAUCGUCGCACGACGACAGUUCGAUCGUCUCGAUCGUUUCGGAGAAAUGAAGGGACGUGGAAGCGUGGAAAUGAUCGGAGAGCGAGUCUUUUAGCUUAUAUUCGUCAGCUGAGAGCUGAAAGUAUCGCCGGAGAUUCGAAACGCGACGGGGUAGUAGACGUGGAGAGUGACAACAUACCUGAACGGCCGAACCCGAAGAAGAAGAAACGAAGGUGGAUAAGGAAAAUGAUGAGUAAGUUGCGGUUACAGUUUCUCCGGCCAUUUCGUCGGAAAAACAGGACGUGGAAAUACAGAGAGUUUGUUCCAGAUGAAGAAGAGGGAAAAGCGAAGAGCAAAGCAUACAGUUCAGAUCUUUGGAAAAAGCUUAAAAAUGUGGUCGGAGGGUUAUCACGCGGCUGUGUACGACGUAGAAGAGACUCGUGAAGACAAAUCAAGAAACAGACUGUUGUCCAAAAUUUAGCAGUGAGGAAAUAUUACUACGUUUUUUUCUUCCACAUAACCUUUUUUUAUCUUUCUUCCAGAACUUGAAGAAGAUGAAAAUCAAAUCAAUACAUAGACUGAUAGACACAUGAAAUAAAAAGAAUGCAUAAGAGCCUUAUUAAGAUUACAACAAUGCAGAAACAAGAAUACAAUUACAGAAAAUACAUAAUUUACAUGAAAAUAAAUUUUAAAAACAACUACGAGUUUUAUUUUCAAUUUCUUGUAUGGCCUAGUCACGUUAGCCUCUUAUACUGCUCAGCAGUUUUGAAGUCAAUCCGUAAUGCUAGAGAGAAAGUGUCUCGGUUAAGUUAAAAGUUACCGACCUCU